CGGGGUUGAGGGCGUGACCCGCUGUGUUUCCCGGGUGUAUAAAAUCGGCAGGGGGAAGGGGGUGGGUUCGCAGCGCCAGAAAAAGCUCCGAGAUGGCGGAUUGUGAGUUAGAAAGCGCCGUGCCCCUGAGGCCGCAGAGCUUCUUAUUCGGAUGUGAGCUCAAGGCAGGUGAGAAGGAAUACAAGAUGGAGGUGGACGACGAUGAAUCUGAGCAUCAGCUUUCUUUGAGAACGGUUUGCCUUGGUGCUGGUGCAAGUGAUGACUUACAUCUGGUCGAAGCAGAAGGUUUAAAUUCUGAAGGCAAAAACAUGAAGAUCACUUUGGCAGCUCUGAAGUUGUCAGUACAGCCGACGGUUAGCUUGGGAGGAUUUGAAAUCACACCACCUGUGACAUUCAGACUCAAAUCUGGAGCAGGUCCUGUGUACAUCAGUGGCCAACACCUUAUUGCAUUGGAUGAUGAAGAUUUAGACUCUGAUGAGGAUGAUUUGGAAUCUGAUGAUGACGAUAGCAGCAUGAUGAAGAACACCUUACCGAAACAAGCAUUAAAACGACCAGCUGCAGGCCCAUCCAAAAUAAUGCAGAAAAAAAUGAAAGUGGAAGACUCUGAAGAUGACGAGGAGGAUGAUGAUGCUGAGGAGGAGGACGAAGAUGAGGAGGACAUGACCCCAGCAAAAAAGCCUCUUCAGAAAACUCCACUCAAGGCUACCCCUGGAUCAAAGGGGACACCCAACCAGAAUGGCAAAACAUCCACCAAAUCCACACCAGCUGACAAGCAGCCAAAGACACCAGAAUCCAGCAGUAAACCCAAGACACCCAAGACCCCAAAGACAUCAAUGACUGUUGAAGAAAUCAAAGCCAAGUUGAAGACCUCAGUGGAAAAAGGUGUUGGUAUGCCCAAGCUGGAGCCUAAAUUUAUAAACUACCUUAAACAUGGCUUCAGGAUAGAGGACCCCAAGAUUAUCAAAGAACUUUGGGCGUGGAGGCAAAAUAUGGAUGGGAAGUAAAGAAUUUUAUCUGCAGAAAUCUGUUUUACAAUCAUCUGUCAUUGUAAAUAAACCAGUUUGUUUUACAA